GUCACAGCAUUCUUCAUUUUGUCAAGUUCACUGACAACAACUCUGUUGGUCAUUGUUACUGUAACACUUUGGUUACAUUGGUUCAACAUCCUUCCACUGAAACAUUUAUUCAUAUUAACUUCAGAUUUUUACCAGUCAGUCACUGUGGGACUAAAUCAGACCUGCAUUGAUUCAAAGCCAGGAGCUAAACGACUGGCUGAAGUCGUUAAAGGAAAAAGCACUCUGCUUACAUCACAAACAGGCCAUCUCCCGCUUUACAAAAUUGCACUGGAAGAAAAACAAAUCAGCAUUAAAGGGUGCAAAAGUUUCAGUUUUGGAGAGAAAUCCAUGAACUGUAACCGAAACAUCCUGGUUCUUGGAGCCACAGGUGCUGGGAAGUCCACUGUCAUUAAUGCGAUGAUAAAUUACGUUCUAGGUGUUAGAUGGGAGGACUCGUUUCGGUUUAAGUUAGUGGACGAAAGUCAAACAAAAUCACAAGUUCACAAUCAGACACCAGAAAUCACCGUGUACAAACUCUACCACCAGGAGGGUUUCAGAGUAAAUUACUCACUGACUAUUGUGGACACUCCAGGCUUUGGAGACACCGGAGGCAUAGACAGAGACAAGGACAUCACAGAACAGCUGCGUAACCUCUUCGCUGAUCAGGAAGGUGUCGGUGAAAUUGAUGCCGUGUGUUUUGUAGUUCAGGCCAAUAUAACUGAACUGACAUCAACACAAACAUACGUGUUUGAUUCAGCACUCUCAAUCUUUGGCAAAGAUGUAGCAGAAAACAUCAGGGUCCUGGUGACGUAUGCAGACGAGCAGCAGCAACCAGUUCUAGAAGCCAUCAGAGUGUCUGGUGUCCCAUGUCCUAAAAGUAAUGAUGGUCUCCCAGUUCACUUCAGAUUUAAUAACUCAGUGCUGUUUGCUGACAACAAAUCCUCAGUGAUAAGACGCAUGAUUCGGCUCAACGAAGAGAAAACUUUUGAGUUUUGGAACAUGGGGACAAAGAGCAUGGCCGGUUUCUUUGCUAGUCUAAAUUACGUCAGAACCAUAAGGUUGACAAUGACCAGUCAGGUCCUGAAAGAAAGAAAGCAUCUGGAAAGUACAGCUGAGGAGCUGCAGAAGCAGGUUAAACUCGGCUUGGCCAAGCUGCAGGAUAUUAGGGAGACCAAUGAAAAACUCCAAGAGCACGAAGCAGAGAUCAGGAAAAAUGAGGACUUUGAGUUUCACGUCACUUUGGAAAAAGUUGAGCAAGUUGAUAUUUCUCACACUGGACAGUACAUCACCAACUGUCUGCAGUGUCAUGUUACCUGUCACUAUCCUUGUGUUAUACCUAAUGAUGAUGGUAAAAGAAGAUGUUCUGCAAUGGGGCAGGACGGUUACUGUACAGUGUGUCCAGGGAAAUGUUUUUGGAAUGUGCAUUCUAACCAGAGCUUCAAAUGGGAAUAUCUAGAAAUUCAUGAAAAAAGAACAGUGAAGGAGCUGAAAGAAAAAUACGAGAAGGCCUGCGGGCAGAAGGUGACUUUGGAGGAGCUGAUUAAAAACCUGCUGUCUGAUUAUAAAUCUAUGCAGGAUGAUGUGGUGAAACUGAUCGCAGAGGCUGCAAAGUGUCUGAACAGACUGAAGGAAAUAGCCCUGAACCCAAAUCCCCUUACCACUCCAGAAUAUAUUGACAUGCUCAUUAAAGGAGAGCAACAGGAGUCUAAACCAGGCUGGAAGGAACGAGUUCAGGCUCUGAUGAAAAUGAAAGAAAAGGCACAGAUCAUAGCUAAAAUAGAGAAGGGAGAGGAGAUCCUGGCUCAUCAGUGAUCUGCUGAUGCCUUCAGAACAAAUCUAAACUCCAGCUCAGACAAGAUUGUUGAAAAACCAACAGUGAUAAAGACAAACUACCAGUUUAACAAAACCUUCAAGUUGGAGCAUAUAUAAAGCUGUUACAGUUUGCUUGACUCACUUCUCAUUCACCAGUUUAUUCUUAGGGCAUUUUAAACAAAUUCCUGCUAAUUUUCUGACUGAACAGUCUAUAACUAACCUAUAACAUCCUCUGUAUGCAAUGUUGGAGCCAGUUGGCCUAAACGUUAACAUGAUUUUGUCUCAAAAGAUGAAUUGGUCAGUCACAUAAACUGUAGUGGCUUCAUGCGUUCUGUCCGCCGAGAGGAUUCAUUUGAUUUUUGGUUUAAUCGCAUAGAGCAAAGAAAGUGGGACAACACAUUUAAUUUAAGAAGGGAUGAAAAAGAUACCUUUUGUUUUUAUCUGCUUUUCUUUUUUGCUUAUUGUUUCGGUUUAAGUAAUUUUAGGGUAAUCUGUGUCUUUUUAGAGAACCCAAAAGCCUUAUUUUGUUAAUAUGGGCAAUUUAAUGUUUUAUUUUAUCAUUUAUCUUUAGGGUUUCUUAAUGUUUUAUGUUUUAAGAUUUUUUAAAUGUUAAGUUUAAGCAAAUAUAACUUUUAUAAAACACGUGAUGUGAACUGCACUGCAAUUUACUGUGUUGAUAGAAAAUAUAUUGUAAUAAAUAAAAUAUAUAUAUAUUC